GACUUGACUAGACUCAAGGCUCUCCUUACGCCAUUCCCCCGAGAUCUGACGCGUACUACCGUUCUUGAACUUUAGCAUUAGGAGAUACAUACCAGUCGUACUCCGGCAUGACUAUCGAGAGUUCGAUCACGCCCCUUAGAGUCGCCAUUGUCGGUGGAGGACCCGGUGGACUCGCGACAGCCAUUGCAUUGUCGAAGAUUCCCAGUGUAGAGGUGAAGAUCUACGAGCAAGCGACAGUCCUGCGCGAGAUCGGCGGCGGAAUCACUAUCGGGCAGAACACCUGGAACGUCCUUGAGCUACUCGGAGUCGCGGACACGCUUACCAGCGGUCAUGUCAUUGAUUCCCAUCUGAACUUUAAUGGAAAGACCGGGGAGCUAUUACACCGGCACGUCAAAGAGGGAAUUGUAGUGACACGUCCGCAGUUGCGGACCCAGAGGACGAAACUGCAGUCGGCCCUUCUUGCACACGUCCCCCGCGGAGUCAUUGAGCUCUCGAAGAAGCUUGCAGGCAUGGUUGACAAAGGCAUAGGGGGCGUUGAACUGCUCUUCAGCGACGGCACGGUCGCCACAGCUGAUUUAGUCGUUGGUGCGGAUGGUAUUCGCUCGGUAGUCCGAGAUACUGCUUGGCCCGACUAUGAAAUCAAAUUCACAGGAACCACUUUCUGGAGGACGCUCUUACCGUGGGACGACGUUGUGAAACGAGAUCCUCGCUUCGCACAAACCGGAUGGUGGCACGGUCUGACCACUAACAUCUGGCUAUCGUCCGUCGGCGAAGGCCUCGGCGAGAUCAUCGCGGGCAAUCGGCAAGACCCCGCUGUGCACAGCGCUGACAAGGUUAGCUGGGGAGUCCCAGUUGACAACGCAUACGUCGAGUCUCACUUCGAGGAGUUUCUGCCACAAAUUCGAGGCGUACUCCAUGGAGUAAAGGAAGGCGACUGGAGGGAAUUCUCAGCCUUCGCCGGGCCCGAGCUCUCAAAGCUCACCGCCUGGGACGAGAAGGUCGUUCUCGUCGGCGACGCAUCCCACGCGCUAUCCGGUGCCUUUGGCGCGGGCGCGGGCUUCGCCAUGGAGGACGGCUGGGUGCUCGCGCAGGCGCUUCAAUACUACCGUAACGACGUCCACCGGGCGCUCCCGCUGCUCAAUCGCAUCCGCCUCCCGUACUACGCGCGCAUGUACGCGCACCUGGAAAAUGAAGCCGCGCAGCGCGCUGCCAGGUUGAAGGAUCUCGGAGACUCGCCGUCCUACGACGAUCGCGUCAGACUGAGAGUCAUCAAGGCCGGUGGAAAAGACAUGUCUUGGAUAUAUGGUAAUCACAUUGGCAAAGUUUGGGAAGAAGCAAUUAGCACCUUGGAUGAACAGAAUUCGACGGCAGACAUUGCGAGCUCGUACAAUACCAGCACGCCAUGAUUUGACACGCAUGAGUGCAGAUCAUGGCAGAAAUCGUGGAUUUGUUAUAGAUUUCAAAUGCUAUGUGUUUGGUCAGCAAUGGCGACGAUGUCGCAGCAGAAGCGUUCACAGG